GAACAAUGGCACUAUUGUCACGUAGACGUGAGUGCAGACAACGUCGGGGCAACUGUCACUUUUCCAAGUUUCGGUACCCGUGAAAAACGAUCGUCCACUUUUUUUUAAAUGCUGCACGAAACUAUUACCGCACGAUCCUAAACACUUGGAAAUUGCUGGACCUAAGAAUUCAGGAUGGCGCAUGGUUCUCAAGGCUACGGCUCCACAGAUCAACGGUCAGAUGUACCUGAUGUUGGAUUCAGUCCUACUGAGCUUUAUAGCCUUAGUGAAAACAUCACUACGAACAUUUACACUAUAAAUACAAGCUGGCGUACAUUAGAACGAGCCCAUAAGAACAUUGGUACAACCAAGGAUAGUCAAGAUCUACGUGACAAGGUACAUAUAACGCAACUUAGUACAAAUCAAGUGGUAACGCAAACAAGUAAGGACAUCGCGAGACUCACUGUGCUGAUGAGGAAAGGGGAUAAGCAGCAAAAGCUCCAGAUUGAAAAACUCACUACAGACUUCAAGGAUGCAGUUCAUAGAUACUCAAAUAUGCAAAUGAGUAUUGCGGAGAAGAUGAAAAGGCACAUCCUCUCCGCAGAGAAUCUCUCAGAGAGUCUGACAGAAGGUGAUGAGGGCGAGCGUCAGAAACUUCUUCAAGCUCAAGAGGAUGAUGAACGUCAUGCCGUACAAAGGGACUUGGAGUUCCAGCAAGGCCUCAUAGUAGAACGAGAAGACCGUAUCAGCAGAAUCGAGGGAGAUAUCCUGGACGUGAAUCAGAUAAUGCGAGAAUUGGGCGCCCUGGUUCACCAGCAAGGAGACACCAUAAACACUAUCGAGAACAGCAUAGAAAACGUAUACGGGAAUGUGGAGAUGGGUGCGCAGGAACUAGUUAAGGCAAGCAACUACCAAAGUAAAUUUCGUCGGAAAGUCUGCAUCUUGUUGUUACUCGGUGUGGUCGCGUUGAUCAUCAUCAUCGUAAUUCUAGUCAUUAAAUUAAGUUAGCGCAUCGAAGCACUGUAGGCAACGUAGAAUGAGUUUAAAUCGUGGAAAGCUGAUCUCAAUCCAAACUGAAAAUCACAAUGCUAAUCUCGUCUAAUUGCUUUUUCUAUUUUAUUCAUAUAAGUCUCAAUCCAUAAGGAUUGAAACUCUGAGAAAAUUGAUGGCAUCCGGUAUUAUUAUUUAUCCUUCAGGCUUUUAUUAAUACUCCCGCUACUCGCUUGUUACAGGAUAAAGGGAGACGUCAUUGCACGUAUCCCAUUGUUACAGGGUCUAAUCAUUGACAAAGGCGAAGCCCGCUUUCGUUAAAAAUAUCUUUAAAUUUUUGUGCCAGGUUCUCUAUGAUCAUUGACGAUUUUCCGGUCGCUCUUCUUUUCAUCUACCACUUUCUUCAGAAACUUCUCAAAAGUCUUAUAAAAAUCUUAUAAUUGCACAAUUACUCGUUGCAAUUACUUAUAAUCACCAAUGACCAGUGUUUCCAUAGCGGCGUUAAUUACUCGUAUGGGAUUUCGUGAACGAGAAUGAAGAUUUCACAAGGAUUGAGAUAGUUCUGCCUCGUUACGGCCCAACACAGUGAUUUUAUAUACAGGGUGUCUAAAAAGGAAAAAAAAACCGUUCACACUAAUUACUCGCGUUCCCCUUUACGCUCUUGUGGAACCCCAUAGAGAAUGCGCAUAACAAUAACUCAUAUAGAUUUUUAAUGUCCAAUCAGUUUACAGUAAAAUUAAAAAGAAAUAAACAGACAUCAGAUUUUGCUCCCACAGCUAUAAUCCUGAUACUCCCUUUUCGGAAAUCUUUUAAAGCCAUGUAUAAGCGUGCUACUGAGGUAUAUCUUUUUUAUUUUGGACACCCUGCGCCUGUAUAGGACUUACCUCAUAAUUGGGAUAACCUUAUAAGGGUGAAUUUGAUACUACAAUAUACAUAUAUAUUCAUCACAUGAAGAAGAUCAUUCUGAUUAUGAGGAACAGUCUGUAUGCGUUAACUAUUAGGCAUUCCAAAACCGGAGAAGUCCAUCAGAUACAUUAUCAUUAUUGCUACUAUUACUCAAUAUUGUAUAUAUUACUAAUUAUUAUCGUUCGAAAUAAAUAAUAUUAUAACAUUGAACGUCGUUGGAGAAGAACUAAUCUACGAAUGAGAGAAAAGGAUUAAAUGAAAAUAUAUUACCGUGACGUCA